AUGACGUCGCGGGGACCUGGCAAGGCGUCGCAGACUCCGGAGAUGGAGGAAAAGGAGCAGCUGCGGCGGCAGAUACGCCUCCUGCAGGGUCUAAUUGAUGACUAUAAAACCCUCCAUGGCAAUGGCCCUCCCCUGGGCACCUCGGCUACUCGGUGGCAGCCGCCCGCUUACCAGGGCGGCAGGACCUUUGGUGCCCGCUACUCUCGUCCAAGUCGGAGGGGUUUCUCCUCGCAGCAUGGCCCUUCGUGGCGCAAGAAAUACUCCCUUGUGAAUCAGCCUCUGGAGUCUUCUGAUCCAGCCAGCAGUCAUACUUUGCAGGCAUCCCUCAGGUCUGGGGAUAGCCGGCCUUCUGACCCCCAGCGGUAUGUACUGGAGAGGCAGGUCCAGCUCAGUCCAGAUCAGAAUAUGGUUAUUAAAAUCAAGCCACCUACAAAGCUGAGCUCUGCCAGUGUUCCAGGGGUCCAGCAGGACUCCUUGGAAGACUAUGGUGACCCCUCCUGGAGUGACCAAAGACCCCAGGGAAGUGAGGUUGAGCUCCCUGGUGGGCAGCUGCAGCCUUCAAGGCCAGGAAGAACCAAGGUGGGUUACAGUGUGGACGACCCCCUCCUGGUCUGCCAGAAGGAGCCUGGUAAACCUCGGGUGGUGAAGUCUGUGGGCAGGAUUAGCGACAGCCCUUCUGAGCACCGGCGGACUGUCAGCGAGAGUGAAAUUACCAUCAAGGCACACUUCCCAUCCCCUGUCCUGCCCCCACUCACGGGUGUGGCUCAGGGCCGGAAGGUAGGCCCUCAUUCUGCUAGCUUUGCCACACAGCUCACUGGAGACCAAAGAGCAAAUGCUGGCCAUGCAGACCAGCCAGCUUCCGUGGGUUCCGUGGUGGCUCCCGUCAGACCAGCAACAGGAACAAGGCAGGUCAGGGAAGCCUCACUGCUAGUGUCUUGUCGGACCAGCAAGUUUCGGAAGAACAACUACAAAUGGGUGGCUGCCUCAGAAAAGAGCCCCCGGGUCAUUCGGAGAGCCCUCAGUCCCAGGACAACAAUGGAGAGUGUGAGCAAGGCUCCUGUUGGUACAGCUGGAAAGACAGAGAAGCCACAGCCUAAAGUUGACCCAGAGACCAAACCUGAGAAACUAGCCACGCCAUCCAAGCUCGGACCCCCGCCCAGCAAAUACAAGUGGAAGGCUUCCAGUCCCUCUGCUUCCUCCUCUUCCUCUUUCCGUUGGCAGUCAGAGGCUGGCAGCAAGGACCGUACUUCUCAGCUCUCCCCAGUCCUAUCUAGGCCCCCCUCAGGAGACAGACCAGCAGGGAGUCCCAGCAGCUCGAAGCCCCUCUUUGGAGAGACCCAGCUCUCGGCUUACAAAGUGAAGAGCCGCACCAAGAUCAUCCGGAGGCGGGGCAGUACCAGCCUUCCUGGGGACAAGAAGAGCAGUCCCUCAACUGCCACCACCAACAAAAACCAUCUUACCCAGCGACGGAGACAGGCCCUCCGGGGGAAGAAUAACCCGGUUCUAAGGAAGACUCCCCACAAGGGUCUGAUGCAGGUCACUAGGCAUCGGCUGUGCUGCCUGCCAUCCACCCGGGCCCACCCCUCCACCAAGGAAGCUUCCAGUGUGCACCUGCGGACUCCACCCUCCAAUAAGGUGAUCAAGACCCGCUACCGCAUUGUCAAGAAGACCCCAGCCUUUCCCCUUGGUGUUCCAUCCUUCCCCUCGUCUCUACCUACCUGGCGGGCCCGACGAAUCUCAUCGAGGUAGGAGAACCUUACCUAGGCUUCUGCAAACCUGGGUUCUGGACUCACUCUAGG